AACCUCAAAAAAAUUUAAUAAACAUAACCUCAAACCAAAAUAAGGUUUUUGCAUUAACAACGAUUGUGCAACUUCUUUAAAACACAUUUAGUGUAAGAGCUCCGUUAUAAAAAGUGAAGAAGAAUUGCGAAAUUAUUGAUAAGACGAAAUUUCUUGUUGAUGCUUUUAAUCGGAAGAUUUAUUCUGUUGCGUUUAUAUCAAAUGUGAGCGUUAAAUUUGCAAAUAAAUCAAAAAAUAUGGAAAAAUCUUGGUUGGGUGUUAGUUUAGAAGAAUUGUGUGAUGGAAAAGGAGCUUACUCGUUUAGCGUUUCACCUGUGUCACCUUCAAAAUAUCACACGGUUCUUUAUGAACUUCCCGUUGAUCUUAAAACACCUCCAAAACCACAUAGAAAUUUUACGAAUCAUCAUUGGGAUGACGAUCAUGUUAAAAUGCCUUAUUCGCCAAAAAAUUAUUUUUUAUUUAAAAAUGAGAAUAACGAAGAAAUCUUAAAAUCAAGAUGGGGUACAAUGAUAGAGGCCUUUUCAAAAACGAUUACUUCAAGUUAUGAAUUUGAGGCAGCUGUAAGGAGUUAUCAGCCCAUUUUACCUAAAUUUGAUGCAUUGCAUUAUUUGUUUAAUGAGGUAAUAAGUGAAGAAGAAAGUGAAUUGUUUUUUAAAAGCAUGCUCCCAGAAAUUGUGAACCUUGCUAUAAAACUACCAGAAAUUCUGCCUGGAAAUUUACCAAUAUUGAAAAAAGAACAAAAUCAUUCGAUUAGUUUGAGUCAAUUACAAAUAGCUUCUUUAACGGCGAAUGCAUUUUUAUGUACAUUUCCUCAUCAUAAAGAUGCAUCUCCUUUAUGUCCAGGAUUUAAUUUUUAUAGAUUAUUCGCUGCGAAUCAACGACCAAAGCGAGUUAAUUGUGUCAGUGAAAAACUGAAAUGCAUCUUUCAUUAUUUUCGACGAAUUUUAUCAACAACUCCUUGUGGAAUAGUAACUUUUGAAAGAAAACACGUAAGAAGAAACCAAGUUGCAAGAUGGGAUCGAUUGGAAAACCUUUUAAGUACAACAAAAAUUCAUGUUUGCAGUUCAGGAACCAUAGAAGAUGGCUCAGGAUGUUUACAAGUUGAUUUUGCAAACAAAUUUGUAGGUGGAGGAGUUUUAGGCUAUGGUUGCGUCCAAGAAGAAAUAAGAUACAUAAUUUGCCCUGAAUUAAUCGUAAGUCGGUUAUUUACUGAAGAAUUAGGCAUGACAGAGGCCCUCGUUAUCACAGGAGUUGAGCGAUACAGUAAAUAUAGCGGAUACGGAGAUACAUUCGCUUGGAGCGGUAAUUUCGAAGAUAACACCCCAUUCGAUUUAUACGGAAGACGAAAAACAACCGUUGUAGCCAUAGACGCUGUUAAAUUUAACCGCCCUUACGAUCAAUUUAACUCCUCGUUAAUACUCCGAGAAUUAAACAAAGCUUAUGUAGGGUUUCAUUCGCAUUGUGAUAAUAAACUUGCACCUGUUGCGACUGGAAAUUGGGGUUGUGGUGCUUUUAAGGGUGAUCCGAAAUUAAAAUUUCUCAUUCAAUUAAUGGCUUGUAACGUAACCCAUAGGAAUAUGGUGUAUUAUACGUUUAAAGAUGAAGAACUUCGCGACACAAUUCAUAAAAUAUAUUCGUUUUUAACGAAUCAUUCAGUAAAAAUUUUUGAAUUGUGGAGGUUAUUAUGUAGAUUUACCGUCGCUCAAGAAAAACAAGAAAAUUUCGUAUCAUUUAUACAAAAAAGUUACCUAGAGGUGAAAAAACAACCGUCGAUAAAGCAAUUUUUCACCCCAAUCAUGUUCAAAAAUAGUAAAAGUGAGGUUAAGGAGAAAGUUGGUGAAGCUUCCAUGAAAAUCCCCGAUGCCCAAUCGACAGAGCCCUCUGUUGAUGAAAAGAUGGAGGUUGAUGUUGACACCGUCAAAAUUGAUUUUGGAUGUGAUAAUGAUGACGAAAUCGAUAAUGAUAUUGUUGAUGCUGCAUCUGUUGAAAAUAAAGAACCAAAAAAAUCAAAAAUAAAAUGAUAAAUUAAUAAAGUAUGUGAUUAUUA